AUGAGUCCCAAUACGAAGGAGAAUACAAAUGGGGGGACGUCUGCGGAAAAGAGCGGAAACCUGCCCGCGCAGAUAUUGACGGGGAAACAGGAGCAUUAUCUCAAACGGGAGUUAGUCGGCGCUCAGGUUUCGAGCGAGAUCGUUGAGCUCAAUUCUCCAACUGCGUUACGACGAUUUGGCGCCCCAUUCAAGUCGGACUUUGGAGAAAUAGCGCCUGUUGACUCAGAAUUGCCAAUUCUACGUUAUAUAUUCGUUAACCAUGUCCGGAACUUUCCAUUUCUAGAUAAGGCACAUGAGAAGGAGUUUUGGCAAGAUCGUCUCCAGGUGUUUCUUGAGUCCUUUGCUAAUAAGAAUAUUUCAUCGAGUGAAGAUCGACAUGAAGAAACUAAGAGGCGGAAGCUCGCAAAGAAAUGCGAAAAAGUGGUCGAACUAAUGAUGGUUUCUGGGAUACCAACAUCCUCUGGGUAUGAGGAGAGAAUACGCUUCUCAGAAAUGGAGGUUGUUGACCGGGGGGCAAAUGAACAGGGGCUACUUGUCAACAUGCCCGAAGGAAAUAUUAUCAAUGGCUGGGAUGUUAACAUCGCAUCAGUCAGAACAACCUCCGUAAGGCGAACCUUGAGAUAUCACCAGCAUGCGGAAUUCUUAAUCCGUGUCCGGCAACAAGAUGGCCCUAGCAUCUACAUUGGCCGUCGCUUCGGUGAUUUUGCGAGAUUGCACAAAAAACUACGAACUGAGUUGCCUGGGAAAAUCAUACCUCCUCUUCCCAGGAAAAAUAAAACCUCGGUAUCAUCGUCAUUCAUUGGUUCAAAUCUGGACGACGAUGCUUCGUCCACAUCGUCUGUCAAUACCCUAGAGACAACUGAAGGCCAAUCUACUCGAAACCUCGUUGUUCCGGGCACCCUCAAACAUAAAACUUCCAUGUCCUCACUCAAAUCUAUAGGCUCACAGUCGCCUAGAGCAUCAGGAGAGCUACAGGGUGAAACUGUCACACUGUACAGAGAGGAGCAACGCGUAUCUCUUCGCGCAUUUUUGAGACUGAUUCUACAAAAUCAUAGAAUAGCCUCCUCCAAUGCGAUAAAGGAAUUCCUAACGGAUAAACCGAUCACCUUAAAUGAAGAGGAAGAGGUAGAUGUCGCAAGAAGAAAAGAGCUUGAUGCCAAACGCAUUGAAGAGCAAAGACGCUUUUACGAGAUUGCACGAAAACGCGCGCGUGAAUUAGAUGUUUAUAUGGAACAAUUCAGACAAGAUAUUGUGGAAAGAAAUGGCCUCACAAAACUAUUUCAGGAGAUUAGAGACAAGGACUCUGUAGAAGCGUUGAGUCCACAAUAUCAAAAGUUUGCAGAAUGGCUGCGUAUCGAGGUUGCGGCUACACUAUACCAUAUCUUUUUAGCUGAGGAUAAUUCUCCGGAAUUAUUCGCCCAGGCCAAACGGAUACACUCUUUGAUCCCGUAUUCGAUUUUAAAGAAUGUCAUCCGCAUUGCUAACCCUGCUGCCGUGAUGGCCGGAGUUCUGGACCUUUUCCUUGCUCAACCGUUUGGAGCUCGAUCUCUUUUACAGCGAAUAUUCGCCAUGGCGAUUCAAGACGGCGUGAAAGCUUUUCAAAAGUCAGUCGAUAGCCUAGCAGCGAGAAUCGAUGACAAUAUUCUAGUAGAUAAGCUUCGAGCAUUUACGGAAGCCGAUGAACAGGUGAAGAAUGAGCUCCGUGCAGAGGCAGAAGCAGAAAACGUUGAUAUAGUUGUGGUGAUCUUGCGGUCAGAACACUUCGAGCCGGAAUUGACUGUACGGCAAAUUGAGAAAGUGUUCAAUUCUUAUGUCGCUUGGGUGAGCGCAGUUGAAAGUAUUAAUGAUCCUGAGAUACAGCAAGGUGCUCAGUGGUUUUCAUACCUAAAGCAGCUUUUGAAAGUGCUCACGCGGCAAAGAGAUAAGAUGAUGAUGCUUAGUAUUAUUGAAGAGCAGCCUGUGACCCUACAACUUUUCCGUGAUUUAUUCACCAUCUUCUACGAGCCUCUGGUCCGUGUUUACAAAUCUGCCAACGUCUACAAUAGCAUCACAGACUUUGCAGAAUUUGCAAAUGAUGCUAUUGCUGUCAUUGAGCGAGCUCAGAGACAAGAUGUUUCUGCCGAUCCGAACCAAACUGUUCAGUCAUUUAUUGACCUUUGCACCCGCCAUCAGCAUAGCUUUUAUAAAUUCGUUCAUGAAGUUCAUAUUCAUGAUAACGGGCUCUUCGCAUCGCUAAUGACGUGGUUGGAAGAUAUUCUCAAGUUCCUUCGCGAGGGACCAGAAAGUGGGGGCACUCUUGACAUGAAUGCACUCUUCCAAGGAGCUGUUUCUGCUGGCCAGAUUGACAAGGACAUCGCGAUCGCCGAGAUUGACGCCCUGAUUAAAUGGCAUUCAGACAGAAAGAAAUGGCACCAGGAUAAAACCCGGCAGAAGAUGGCUGCUGAAGGUGUUAACGAGCAGAUUCCAGGUGCCUCUACGUUUAAAAGCAGUGACUUUGGGCUCCAUGAGGGUGACUUGGAAGACCUGGUAAUUGAAGAUGACAUUUCAGACCCAUCAGAUGAAAACUCUGAGGAUGAUGAUAUGGACCCUAUAGAAUUUGAACGCAAACGCCGUGCCAGGCAUCAGGACCGGCUCCGUCGUUCUGCAGGGGAACCAGUGAAACCUAAGAUAUCGGAGAUAUUGAAGCUACGGGACUCCUUUGGAUCGAUGUUAAGGAUGGUCCUCGCAUGA